AUGCUCGCACCAGACCAGCAGGGUCUGAAGCGCGAUCUCCGUCUUCGCCACAUGAUCAUGAUUGCUGUCUCUGGAACGAUCGGUACUGGUCUCUUCCUGACUUCCGGAAGCACUAUCGCCACGGCCGGUCCUGGUGGAGCCUUGGUAGCCUACGCAACUGUAGGACUGUGGUUGGUUUUCGUCUGCCAGGCCAUCGGAGAGAUUGCAACGCUCCUGCCCGUCCCCGGUGCAUUCAACGCCUGGGGUGCCCGUGUCUUUGACGAGGCCUUUUCGUUCCAGAUGACCUGGAUGUACUUCAUCAACUGGGCUCUGACCAUCCCCGCCGAGCUGUCUGCCUCUGCCGUCAUUGUUGGAUACUGGUUGCCCGCUGACUCAAAGUUCCCAGCCUGGAUCGUGCCCGUGCUGAUCAUCGUGGUCAUGGUCUUCAUCAACUUGGCCGGUGUCAAGGCAUACGGUGAAUUGGAAUACUGGUUCUCGAUCUUGAAGGUCUUGACCAUCAUCAUGUUCAUCAUCUGCGGUAUCUUGGUCGACGCCGGAGUCGUCGGAAACAAAAAGUACGGUAUGGACGCCUGGCAUGUCGAGGGCGCCCCCUUCAAGGGCGGAUUCCUCGGCUUCAUCACGACCUUGGUCUCUGUCGGAUAUGCCUACGGUGGUACCGAGAUGACCGGUGUCACCGCUGCCGAGUCCCGUAACCCCCACAAGCACGUCCCCAAGGCUGUCAACACUGUCAUGGUCCGCAUCGCGUUCUUCUAUAUCGUCUCGGUCUUCCUACUCGCCUCGAUCAUCCCCGUGAACGACCCAGAGCUGGUCAACGCUGACGGUUCCGCAGCCAACGCUCCCUUCACCAUCGUCUUUGCCAAGGCCGGUAUCAACGCUGCCGCUAACUACAUGAACGCCGUCGUCUUCACCUCUGUCUUCUCGGCCAUCAACUCGGACUUUUAUGUUGCCACGCGCAUGCUGCUCUCACUCUCCCGUAACGGAUGGGCCCACAAGCAGAUCGGAUACACCAACUCGCGCGGUGUCCCCGUCGUCUCCCUCGCCAUCGUCACGCUGUGCUCGUGCUUGUCUCUGAUCACCAUCUUUGUCGGCUCUGGAGUCGUCUUCUCCUGGUUCGUCUCCAUCAUCGGCUCCAUCAUCUUCCAGUCCUGGAUCCUGAUUUUGUUCCUCCACUUCCGUUUCCGUUACUGCUGGAAGAAGCAGGGUCGCCCCGUCUCGGAUUUGCCCUACGUCUCCUGGGGAUAUCCCUAUGGCAACAUCCUGGCUACCUGCAUCGGUAUCGGAUGCAUAGUCGCCACCUGCUACCUGUCCAUCAUCAACCCUCCCCAUAACCCCGGGCCCGAUGCCGCACCAACGGACAUCAAAGCCUUCCAUAAGGCUCGGGAUGCCUAUGCACAAAACUUGUUGGGUGCUUGGUUCCCAUGGGUGUGUUCGCUUUGCUUAUUCUUUGGUUACAAAUUCGUGAAAAAGACAAAGAUGAUCAGGGCCGAAGAUGCCGAUCUCGACACUGGACGUUUCAUCCCCACAGAGAGCGACAAGCUGGACAUGGAUGCCCCUCUCCCUCUCUGGAAGAAAAUCCUCAAUGCCCUCAUUUAA